AUGUCGUCUCUGUCGCUUGCAAUUUGUUUGUCGUCGUUUCUGCUGUCUCGGUCGCUUGUGUCAGUUCUUUUAUCUUCUCUGCUGAGCAAACGCUUUUGUUUGUCAACAGUCUUUCGUUUGUUUUUGCCCGUCGGCCGCGUCAAUAUCCGCUUCAGUCUUCAAGCCAUCGUCUCUUUGUGUGUUUUUUGUGUGUUCUUUAAUCUUCUGAAUAUUCGUUCUGCAGUUGAACUUGAACCUUUCCCAAACGUUGCCACCAAACCAGAGUUUGACUGGGCGACGUCUUGUCACAGCUCAACAAGACGAAGGGCGCACGACGGCUCCACUAUCCAUGCUCCCCUGACUCAGGGCUCCACAGAACCGACGAAACAGAAAGAUGCUACAACGAAUCACAUUUCCACCAUGCGACAGAGAUAA